AUCCCGCCUUAAUUCUAGAAUGAACCAAUGGAAAUACAGAAACAGACGUGCACGUAAAUAAAGAGGACAAAGUGACCCUGCCUCUGUCCGUACACACUGGCAGGGCUGGAUCUUUUUUAAAUACAGAAACAGACGGCACGUAAAUAAAGAGGGCAAAGUGACCCUGCCUCCGUCCGAACACACUUGCAGGGCUGCAGCUUUUGCACAAGCAUAUCGCGUGCUAGCCAGAUUGCUAAUUUAGCUAGCUGUAGGCCCUAGCCAGCAUCCAAUAUCUGUUUUCCCCAAAAGUCGUCGACAAUGUCAGCUUUUUCAGAGGCAGCGUUGGAGAAGAAACUAUCGGAGCUUAGCAACUCCCAACAAAGUGUUCAGACACUGUCACUUUGGCUUAUCCAUCAUAGAAAACACUCGAAGACCAUCGUCAACGUUUGGUUCAACGAAUUGAAAAAAGCCAAGGUAUCCAGGAAGCUCACCUUCCUCUACCUUGCCAACGAUGUCAUCCAGAACAGCAAGAAGAAAGGACCCGAGUUUACCCAGGACUUUGCUCCUGUCAUCGUUGAUGCCUUCAAACACGUGUCCAGGGAUGGAGAAGAUGGAUGUAAGAAACAGCUGGGCCGGGUUCUGUCCAUCUGGCAGGAGAGGGCUGUGUAUGAGAAUAACCUGCUGGACCAGCUCUCUCACGUUCUGCUGGGCGAGAAGGCCAAGAAGAGGCCGUAUGAGGAGAUUCAACUGGAUGACCAGGACCUGGCCUCCCAGAGCUCCCCAGCAGAGCCCCCACAGACGGCAGAGUUAAUCCGGGCCCUGCAGGAACUGGAGAAUGCAGCCACUGGGGACUCGGCGCUGUGCCAGCGGAUCUCCUGCCUGCCUGCUGAGGUGCUGGACACGUCACUACUGCACAGGAUCACAGAUAAAGAGCAGGGUGAGCGCCUGUCCAGGCUGGUGGAGGAGGCUUGCAUGCUGCUGGCAGACUACAGCGGACGUUUGGCGGCAGAGGUCGAUGACCGGCGGCAGCUCACACGCACGCUCACCCUGUUUCUACACAGCCAGAGGGAUGGCCUGGCCCAGAACGAGCAGAAACUAGAAGAGUACAAGCGCAAGCUGGCACGGGUGACCCAGGUACGGAAGGAGCUGCGUACUCGUCUCAGCAACCUACCAGACCUCUCUCUGCUCCCCAGUGUGACCAGUGGACAUUUGCACCUGCCCUCAUCUGGUGUCGAACUUUAUGACCCCACAGCCUGACAGUUCACCUGUGCUUUUCACGCCUGACUGACCACCCACCCUCUGAUUGACACAUCUCUCACCAUAUCGUUUAACAUCUGGACUUCACUUAGUGGACAUCAGAGUCACUUAGUAACCUUUGAUUGACGCAUCUCCCAACCUAACAUUGACCAUAUCCAUCUUGCCAUUGCGCUAUUUACUGUUUGACCUAGGCUCUCUCCUAUCUUUCCCCAUGUAGUCAUGUUUAUCAUUGCUCCCUGAUUGACACUGUCCAUGCCUCUCUUACCAGUCAUCAUGUAACCCUCCCUCCUAUUUGCCAAUAAUCCCUCUUAUUCUUUUCACAACAAUAGAUCAUUCGUCUGAUAUAUAAUAUAUAUAUAGAAUUGAUAUAUCCUAUGCUAUCACAUCUAUUGCUAUUUAUUGAAAGGCAUGACCCAGGUUUCCCAUACAUAAUGAACUCUCUUCUUCCCCUAUUGUGUUCUUCCUCUGAAUACAUGGCAAUACAGUGGCUUUUACCGACAGUCUUCCCAUGAUAUUCCUCUUCUGUUUUCCCCUCUUCUACCUAACCCCAACCUCUCCAAAAUGGUCAGGAAGAUAUUGUUGUGAUAUUAUUUUUGUAUCGACAGGUAUAGUGAAUUUAGAUAGCACCAGAAAUUGUAUACUGAAGUAGUCCCAAUGAAUACAUCCCCUCUGUAUGGUAUCAUUAUAAUCAGCUGCAGUAUUUUAUUACAAAUGAUUAUCUUUGUGUUCUUUUAUAACUGCUCUAAAGUAUUCCCAUUAUGCGGACACAGCUCAUGGGUUUUAGAUCUUGCUCUUGGGUGCUUCACUAAUAGCAGGGAUUGUUGCUGUUUAAGUUCUAUAUCAAUGGCCUUAAAAUAAUUAAGCAUGUUCAGAGAAGUUCUCUUGCCCAGAUUUAAUUGUAAAAUUAAAUAGUUGGGAAAUGUUAGGUUACUGUUAAAAGUAACAGGUUUGAAUAUGUUUCACUUGUUUUGAGAAAAGCUUUUGAGAAUUGUAAACAUUGUUCUUGAAGCGGAUAACCAAUUUAUUUAUUUUUACCACAUAGACAAAGUUGCAUGUAAAUACUAGAAACCAAUUGGUUUUAUCUUGUAUUGUCGUUAUGGGCUCUCCAAGACCUGCUAGUCAUUCCAAAAAAUCCUUGAGUCUCAUUGCAGAUGCAGCUUUAUAGAAGUUGAAGGUCUCCAUAAUAGUUGAAGCCUUUCCCAUUUUGGAAGUGAGUUGAGACAUCAGUGUUGUGUGCUUGUUUACUGUAUUAUUUACUGCCCCUUGGUUUUAACCUCUAGUGAAUGUUGUUCAGCCGCCUAUGACAGCUAUGCUCUUUAAAGAACUUGAAGGGCCCCACUGUUUGCAAAACCAUACCUUAUAACUUACUUACUUGACUGAUUUGUAAGUGUUCAUUGAAACACAUUGUUGUAACGCGUUCAGUUCUCAGAACCAAAUAAACAGCAAAACAGAGGAUAAUCUA